AUGAUUUUAUUUAGACUCUCCAGCACCAGCUCGCUGCAACGCAAUCGUCUGUCCGAUCUCCGAACUCUGCUGAGGAUAGUGAACAAAAAAUCAGAGUUCUACUCUGAAGAAGAUCGCAGUGCCAAUUCCGAGUCAGAGGUGGUACGACAGUUCCGCAAACUGAUCCCUAAAGACCAUAAGCUCUCUCAUGACAUCUCGUCCUGGAAACAGCUCAACGAGCCGCAAGACCUUGUGGAAAUUCCAAAAGUCCCGGAUGCUUUGGAUGAGGUUACUCUGGACGCCUAUGUGCGAACUUUAAACCGUGUGAAGACCAGAAAGUUUGAUCAAAAUCCGGUCUAUGUCAAAAAAGCCUUCGAGAAGAUCGUCGAGUCAAACGUACCGGAGAAACUGCACACGUACAAUAUGAUUCUCAAGUUUUUUGCAACGACACAUGAUUUCAACAACGUCAAGGAAACCAUGCGUGUGAUGAAUCAGAGAAAAUUAUACCCGACCACAGAAUCGUUCAACUUUGUGCUGGGUCCGAUGAGAACCAGUCGUCAUGAACGGAAAUUUGCGCUCAUCAAUAUGUAUCUCAAACAAAUGCGCUUCUACAAACAGAUCCCCGACCUUAGUACCUGCUACAUUCUUUUUGAGUGUCUUUGCACGCAUCGAAAGCCAAUAUACGAUUACAUGGUGAAAAAUGGCUGCUCGCUGCAUCCCAUUCUCCCCGCUGUGAUGGCCUAUAAGCACGACAUUGAGAAGAAGAGCUUUGGCGAGCUAAUGGCGGAAAUGGUUGCAAACAACCAAUCGUUCAAGGAUGAUCCGAAACUGGUUGCAGAAUUUGUUAGAUUUGCACUAGAUGAGUACGGGCCUUCGCAAGCGUGGGAUUUUGCAAUGACGAGACUUGAAACCGAUAUAACAGAGCUCACGCCAUCGAUGCUGGUCCACUUUGUAAACUAUUUCGUCAGGGAAAACCAGCUCUACAACGCCAUAGCCAUAAUCAACAAUUUCGACAACCAUUUUCUCAAACGAAAGGUGCACAAGGUAUACGAGAUUUUGGCCGCGGCAAUGAUAGACCGCCCGAACACCGAGAACUGGUCUGUCCUGGCGCGCAGAUUUUACAUUGAGAGCAAGACAUCGUUUUCGCGCACAAUCAUGCUUCCUAAAGAGGUUGCAAAGCUGCGAGCCAGAGCCAAGGAGUACGGCUACACUAAUUUCAACCCGGAAAAACUCACUCACGAGGAAUUUGACCUCACGUCGAAAGUGCUGGAGAAUCUACAGUGGAGCGACCCUCGUCGCCCCAUAUUCGAGCUCCAGGACAACCAAGAGAGUUUCCAGGAAGCUGCUAAAUUUGUUAUGUAG